CCCUCUAUUGUCUUACAUAAAAUAUGAUGUCAUCACAUGCGCCGAAAGCUUGACAAUUUUCGCGUGGAUUUCCCGGUCUUUGUAAUGAGUUUUGAGGACGAAAUCGUUUCCAAAUAGCGACCAAAAAGUAUAGGAAUACUGUGGCUGUUCGCAACAAACAUUUUGAAUCUACUAGACAAGAAAAAUUAAGCGAAAAUGUUCUCUGUGAGCGGAGUCAGUGUGCAGCAACUCUUAGGGCCUCUACCACACCUGGCAGCUGUCUUAAACUCGGUCAAGGCUACGUCUCGAGACCCUACCGCAGCGGCCUGGGCCAUCAGGCACAGCAGGCAACAGCAACGACAGAGCUCAAGCCGCCAGUCCACAACUGCAGACGCGGAGUUGUUAGAGAGUCUACAGAAUGUCGUCCUGAACAUCAAGGAGCUUGGAACAGCCCAUUUACCGGAAGACUGGGCCGACAGCCUCCUUGCUAAGAUCCCCGACACACAGAACGAUGCAUCACCAUGGAAGGAAUCUCAUAUGUCAACGCACUCAUUUUUUGAGAACAAAAAUGGUUUUCCAGAGCAUCUACUCUACUCACAUCAACCGUUGACCUCCUUCAGGGAAAGACAUCCACUACUUAAACACAGCUUCAGUACACAUGGCACAUUGCAAGGUUUUUACCAGAGCCGAGGGUUUAAAACGAAGCGAGCAGGAACUGCAAAGAAUCUUAGAUCAACCACUGCAUCCGGGGAUGCUAGCAAAGGCGUGCUGUCUAGCGUCUUUCAGAGAGUCACGACGCGAGACCCCCCAGUCAAGCUGAGUGACAAGCUUGAGUCAGCUCUUGCCUCCAACGAGUCCCGUUUCACAGACGGCGAUUCCUUCAAGAUUGGCUUCGUGGAGGGCUACCUGAAGGGGAAGGAGGAGCCCAAGAAGUCGGAUCGUCUCAAGACGUGGACCACCAUCCUGGUCAUUGCCGUGCUGGUCUACCUGUACUUUAAGAUGGUAUCCGUAUUUGCUCGAGUCUCCAUCAUGGGCCCAUCUAAUGUGGACAGCAUGAACGUUAAAGACGUCAGCUUUGAUGACGUCAGAGGGGUUGAUGAAGCCAAGAAUGAACUUCAAGACAUUGUCAGCUACCUGAUGGAUCCUGAGAAGUACACCAAGCUGGGCGGUAGGCUGCCAAAAGGGGUGAUGCUGGUUGGUUCGCCAGGCACAGGCAAGACAUUACUGGCCAGGGCUGUAGCUGGCGAAGCCAAUGUGCCAUUCUUCUACGCUUCAGGCUCGGAUUUCGACAACAUGUUUGUCGGGUCUGGCGCUAAGAGAGUGCGAGAUGUGUUCGGCGAGGCUAAAGCUAGUGCCCCGUGCGUCGUCUUCAUUGAUGAGCUGGACUCUGUAGGGGGUAAGCGUGUAGAUUCCCCCCUCCACCCAUACGCUCGUCAGACCAUCAACCAGCUGCUGGCUGAGAUGGACGGCUUCAAACAGAACGAGGGCAUCGUUGUCCUGGCCGCUACAAACUUCCCAGAAUCGCUGGAUCCAGCUUUGACAAGACCAGGUCGGUUUGACAUGAAAGUGGUCGUCCCCAAGCCAGAUGUCAAAGGUCGAACGGACAUCCUGAAGCUUUAUAUGUCAAAGGUCACCAUGAGCGAUGAGGUUGAACUGGAUGCCCUGGCAAGAGGAACCGUUGGCUUCACAGGAGCCGAUAUUGAGAAUCUGGUGAACCAGGCCGCACUUCAAGCCGCCAGACUAGGCAAGGAUGCCAUCGACAUGAAGGACUUGGAGUAUGCUAAAGACAAGAUACUCAUGGGCCCGGAGAGGAAAAGUGCAGAGGUCGACGAUCACAGUCGCAAGAUCACGGCGUACCAUGAGGGCGGGCACGCGCUGGUCGCGUACUACACCAAAGGAGCCCAGAACAUCAACAAGGCUACCAUCAUGCCCCGGGGACCAACGCUGGGUCACGUGUCGCUUCUACCAGACAAGGACCAGUGGAACGAGACCAAGUCGCAGCUGAUGGCCCAGAUGGAUGUCUGCAUGGGGGGCCGCGUGGCCGAGGAGAUCAUCUUCGGCACAGAGAACAUCACCACGGGGGCCUCCAGUGACUUUGAGCAAGCCACCCGCAUCGCCCGCCUCAUGGUCACCAAAUUUGGCAUGAGUGAGAAGCUUGGAGUGAUGACCUACAGUAAUGCAGAUGAGAUGAGCAUGGGAACCGGACAGAAACCCAGCCCUGAGACUCAGUCACUCAUUGAGAGCGAGAUCAGAGUCUUACUCAAGGAUUCAUAUGAGCGAGCCAAAUCUCUCCUGAAGACCCACUCCAAGGAACACAAGCAGCUAGCCGAGGCCCUGCUGCGCUACGAGACGCUGACGGCCGAAGAGAUUGGCGACCUCUUCCAAGGCAAAUAAGAUUGUGAACUCUAACCUCUGACCUCAGAGGUCAUCCAGACCUAACCGCUCAGAGUGUGAUUUACUGAUAACUUCAGGUCUUCAGGAAUCCAUUCACUUUUGAGUUUCUCACAUCUGGCGAAAUGGGUUACGAUUUAGAGAUGACGGCGGGAUAGUUCAGAAAAUGAGUACGGGGGAAAAAAAUGACCCUUGAUCUUUGAGGUCAUUUUGCGUUGAACAUUUCACCACAGUUUCAACCUCAGAGGACCUCUGGGGUGGAACUAGAUGUCCGGGCAGUUUGUGAUCCAAAGAUUGACCCCUGAACUGUAACCUUGCGCAUCGUCACAAAGUGAACCCUGACCCUUGACCUGAGAUGUCAUUUGAAGGGAAUUGGUUGCAAAUAUUAUCUACAAUAUCUGGCCUGAUCCAUUAAGGCCAGUUCAUACAAAGUGUAAGCCAAACAAAAGCAAACGAAGAUUCUAUUUUUAACAGUAGUAUCUAUCAAUGGGACCUUUUGCCAUCACCCUAACAAAUUUGCUUUCCUCUGAAAUUUGUGCUUGAAAGUAUAAACCGGCUUUUCGGCUGCAUCCAAGUAGGUCAUUUUGCAUCUACAGCUCCGAAUGACUCUUUCCAUUUUCAGAUAAAAUCUCAGUCCUUAUAUAAUCUCAUUCCUCUUAACUAAUUGAGAAUAGAAUUAAUUGCAAAA